GUUUGUACACGUUUCUGUGUUUAAGUGUUGCUAGUUAUUGUUUCAUCCGUCCAUAGAAACGGAGGAGCGUCUAAGGGUGAGGGAGCGCAGCUUUAUUUUGAGCAAACCAUUCGGUCAUGUUACAUCUGUAGUGACAUUCAACAUAUUUCGGUAGUAAAUUCUGUGAUUUACGUUGUGGAGUAACAGAAUAUGUGGCUGCACUAUGUAUCCUACAACAAUACCCGAAGCGUAGCCCACAUGUUGAAUGCUGUUAGAAUUCUACAAGUAAACCUGACUUUCAAUAAAACAGUUGAAUGUUAAACGGAAUAGAUUCGGGAUGGAUUAACAACGCAUACAAUGAGCUUUUAAUUAAGGUAGUUUCCAUUGUAAUGUGUAAGUUAGAAAAGAUAAUGCUACACUGUAUCAGGUGGUGAGGAUGAACUGGAAAAGCACAAGGCUAUAUUCAGAAUGGGUCCAGAUGUCCCAUUGCUCAAUGAAUACAAGCAGGAAUUCUUUUGGAAACGUUUUCCACAGUCUGUGCUGGGAGGACCUCAGUUGAAACUAGGAUACUGUGCUCCACCUUACAUCUACGUAAAUCAGAUCAUCUUGUUUCUGACACCAUGGGUUUUUGGAGGGGUGGGGACGCUUUUGUACCAGCUGCUGCUCUUGGAGGAUUAUCACGCAGCUGUGCUUUCUGGAGGACUAAUGGUGAUAGCUGCUUCAGUCGUCCAGAUCAUGAACUUGUGUGCCAGACGAAGGACUGUUACCGUAGAAAGACUCCAGACUCAAAAUAUCCUCACAGAUGAAGAGGAAUUUGAAUUUGCCAGCUGCGCUGGCUCUGAGACAAUCAAAUUUAUUAUUCCCGGAAAGAAGUUUAUUGUCAACACAAUAUUUCACACAGUUCUUGCUGGGGCACUGUGUGGGUUGGGGACAUGGUAUUUAUUACUCAAUAGAUUGAGUUCUUUGUACAACAACACAGGGGCUGCUGUCAUGAUCUUUGUGUUUGGAUGGGUGACCCUGUGCAUUGGUGAAUAUUCAUUAAUUAUCAAUACAGCUACAGAGACUGCUACAUUCCAAGCACAAGACACUUAUGAGAUAACCCCACUCACUAGACCUUUGUAUAUGUUUGCCUUCAUUGCAGUGGAUCUCGCACACAGAUUUAAUGCCACAAUCCCAGACCUACAACAAGCAAACCAGGCUUUGCACAUCAUCUUUUUGUUUCUUCCACUUCUCUGGGCCCUUGGCAUCCUCUCUCCAGUUGAUGCAGUGUUCCUCUGGGGUAUGGAACAGACUUUAGUAUUUGGACUUGGAGGUUCAGCAAUGUCCACGAACAUCAGGUUGGUGGUGAUGUUUCUUGUUUCUGUUGGAGUGGCUAUAGGGACCUACUUCAUUCCCAGCUCUCUUGGGGUCGUUCUUUUCACAACUGGAAUGGGCUUUAUUCUGAGCCUUGACUUCAGCCAGGUGGAGCUCAUGUUCCGCUCCUGCUGCAGAAGCCCUGACGCCCAGGCUGACCUCAGAGACAUGCCCCGCAGUCUGGGCUGGAGGCUGGGUUGGAAGGAGUUCUUCCUUUACCUGACUGUCCUUCUGGCAGCUCUUGCAGAAGCUGGUCUCCUGCAUCACUUUGGAACAAUUUUAGAAACGUCUGCAAGCAGCCCACAAGCCAUCGUCAGCUAUAUCCUCAUAUCGCUCCUUGUUGUUUCAUGGAUUUUACGAGAAAUUCAAGGUGCAUACAUCUUCUAUGGAGUCUUUCGAAACCCUUUCUACCCUCAACAGAUAAGAAAUUUGAAAGUUUUUAAACAAAAGCAAAGUGGGCUUAUGAAGGCUGGGAUUGUGAGAAGACUUCUAAUCAAUCUAGUGUCCCCUUUUGCCAUGAUUGGAUUUCUUGCAAUGGAUAUCUCACUACAGAGUCUUCACACAGUUACUCUUUGCAUUGGAUUUACUAGAGCUUUCAGAACAUUGUGGCAGAACACAGAGCAUGCUUUGUUGGAGAUGGUGGUGAUUGCUGUUGUGCGUCUGGCAGCUUUAAAGAGUAAUCUAGUGUGGUGGAACAGCUUGGGAACUGGAAUCCAACUACUAUUGGUUGGCAUUAUUUGGGAUCGCCUUACUCAGUUUUUUUCCAAGCUCAAGUUUGCCUUGACUAUCCUCAUAUCAUCCUGGACAGAGAAGAAACAGCGCCGGAAGUCCACCGUCACACUGAUCACGAUCAAUGCAGUGCUCUUCCCCAUGCUGCUGGCUGUCAUUGCCCUGUCGGCCGUGCUUUCCGCUCCGCUGCUCCCUCUUUUCACCCUGCCGGUCUUCUUGGUGGGUUUCCCCAGACCGGUCAGGAGCUGGCCGGGCACCGUGGGGGCAGCCGCCUGCAUGUGCCCUGAUUCGGUGUAUUACCAGCAGAUGUUGUGGAGCCUGACGGAGGCUUUCCAAACUGCAUUUGCCACUGGAAGUUUGGGUGUCCCGUCUCCUGGGACUCACUUCCUUUGCCGGUUUCAGGACCGAGUCCUGUGGGUCAUGGUUCUGGAGAGAGGCUUUAGCUACUGUUCUCUUAAUAUUAAGGGGUUAGAGCUACAAGAGACCUCCUGUCACACCGCUGAAGCACGGAAAGUGGACGAGCUGUUUGAAAUGGCCUUUGAGCAGGAGGAUGGGCUGGAGAAAUCGACCGUGAACCACCAUUUCAGCAACAUCUUAACCCCCUGCGCUGCUCUGCCUGUGCGUCUCUAUUCAGAUGCUAGGAAUGUCUUGACUGGCAUCAUUGACUCCCACGACAACUUGAAACAAAUGAAGGAUGAUUUUGUUAAAAUUUUGUUUUGGGUGCUCCUGCAGCAUUGCUCUAAAAAAAGCCAAACACUUGAAGGAACUCUACCAGAGGACAUGAGAGGGGCAAAACCAGCCCAGGUUGUAGCAGAACAGUUUGUGGAGGUCAACGUCACCACAAUAAAAAACUUCAUAAGGAAAACUCCAAGUUUAAAUUCAGAGACCUUUGAUGAUUGGUCAGAUGAUGACGAUUUGUUUGGCCCUGAGCCAACCAGUAAAAAAACAGGUUUAAAUAAUCCAGCCCCAAAACAGACGUCCGCAACUCUUCCAGGCUCUGUUGAAAUGCAGAGCCCUUUCUGUGAGUCUUUCAGCGUGAAGUCAACAGACAAAGCACGACAGGCGCUUGGAUUUGGACUUCCAGCAAUAGACAAGGGGAGGGAAUUAUUAGAAAGACUGAGCGAGGCCGAGGCUGUGCCAAUGGUUAUCUUCAGUUCUUCUCAUUCUAAGCAGCUAAAUGUACCGCAGGAGUGGAGAUCAAGUGCGCUCCCAGGCCCCCGGAUGCAGCAGUUAAGAAAGCUUUUCCCUGAAGGCUGGUACAAGUCCGUCCUGAGCCAUCUGGACAUUGCCAAUACAGAAGAAAGGCCCUCUGAUAUCCUGGAAGGAGUCCUGAAUGAUGGAGCCUUGAUGGACCUCUACGCCCAUGUGGUGAUGACUUGCUAUGGAGUGACACUAGGAGCUGAAUCUACUGUCUUAAGCCCCAGUUAUGUCUACAAAGUAUACUGUGGCGAUGUUCCAUGGACAGUGGGGUUGGAUUGGCUGACAGGAAAACCAGAGCUAUUUCAGCUUGUUUUAAAAGCUUUCAGAUACACCUUCAAAUUGAUGUUUGACAAAGCUAGUCUGGGUCUGGUGGAGGAUUUCAGCGAGCUGGCUAACUAUCUAGAGGAGUAUGAAAGGGACUGGUACAUUGGGAGGGCGUCUGAUGCCAGGUGGCAACAGGCUGUGCUGCAGAAAAAGCCGUAUCUUUUCUCACUGGGCCACGAUCCCACCAUGGGUACCUAUAAGGGACGUGUGCUCACUCUACAGGAAUGGUUAGUCCAUGUGGGAAAGUUAAAUUCCGAAGGAAUCCGGGGACAGUGGGCUAAUCUGUCUUGGGAGCUCCUUUACGCCACCAAUGACGACGAGGAACGCUACAGUAUCCAAGCGCAUCCCGUGUUGCUCCGAAACCUCACGGUGCAGGCAGCGGACCCUCCACUGGGAUAUCCCAUUUAUUCCUCGACACCUCUUCAUGUGCCUUUGUUCUGACUUGUGGCAGAGGAAGUGACAAAGGCUUUGUUCUUUCAGCUGUUUCAGAACAGUAUAGCGAAAUUUGUGAUUGAACAUGCUAGCCAGUCUCACUAACUUUAUAUCACUCUGAGACGGAUUGGUCAGUUUGGAGAUACAGCCCCAGAUGUGUUAAUUUUAGAAAAGGGACAAACUAAAUUAACCAGUAUGAGACAAGAAUCUCCAGUAUCUUAUCUUUAAGUAAAAUGACAUGGAUGUGAGAUGUGACACUGGGACUGACAGUGUGAUAUGGUUGUGCUAAAAAAACUCUAAUUAGACAAAGUUUUUUUUUGUUUUGUUUUUAAACAGCCUGGUAAACUAAUGUUUCUUGUUUAACAGGAAUACAAGUACUGUAUUAGAUUUUAAGAACUGAAAUAGUUUAGUUUUCUGUGUUUUUAAAUAUAUUCUUACAUGAAAUACUGGCUUUAGAAUUUUCACAAGAUUUAAAUAUAUAGGAUUGAAACAUGGCUUGAUAAACAUAACUUGAACCAAAAAAGGUGGGGCUCAACUGAUGGCCUUCUCGUAAAAAAUAAAAAAUAUUACAAACAACCUCUCUUGCUAAACUUUCUUGUUCCAACUGUUAACAACAUAUGAAAUAUGUAAUUUGCUUGUAUCUGUUAAAAAGCAUAGUUUAAAUAUCGACCACCUCUUAAAGGUGGAGCUCAGGCGUACUGUGCACCUUCAUAAGUGGGUCAAGUUAUGUUUAACAGCCUGUAAUUCCAGAGUUUUCCAAUUCAUAUAUUGUGUGUGUGUGUGUGUGUGUGUGUGUGUGUAUAUGUAUGUAUGUAUGUAUAUAUAUAUAUAUAUAUAUAUAUACACUACUGUGCAAAAGUUUUAGGCAGGUGUGAAAAAAUGCUGUAAAGUAAGAAUGCUUUCAAAAAUAGACAUGUUAAUAGUUUAUAUUUAUCAAUUAACAAAAUGCAAAGUGAGAGAACAGAAGAAAAAUCUACAUCAAAUCAAUAUUUGGUGUGACCACACUUUGCCUUCAAAACAGCAUCAAUAUAAUAUAAUUACAGGACAUUUGUAUUGUAACUAUUUUCUGUCACAAGUUGAAAUUAUUUUAAAUUCGGGUAAAACAUUCACAACUCCGGUGCUAAGUUUAAAAAACAAUAAAAAAAAUAAUAAAUUAAAAAAAAUAAUAGACACCGAUGUUACAAUAACUGGAGGGAAGUUGAGGAGCACCUGCUAUAAAAUUAGCAGUUUGUUUUUCUUUACAAAAUAAAAAAAUAUGCAAAGUUAGCACUGGGGUCAUUACUUUGUGAAUGUGGCCUAAAGUACCUGCAUCUGCUUACAGGCCUUUGUGAUUUAGGUCUGUCUUUUACUACAGGGUUAUCAAAGCUUAAGUACUAUCCAAAUGUACGUUUUUACUUAUACAUUUAAUUGCUGUACUAUUUGUUGAUCAAAAGGUACACGUUUUAAAACAAAUAAAUAAAUAAAUAUUUUUUUUAGUUAGUUAA